AUGAGCGACAACCCGCGACCCACGCUUCCAGUGCCCGAAACUGACGUGGCGCGUCCGUCACGUGGCAUUCAGGAUGCUGCUGUGCUCGCAUGCCCCUCCACAGCAGCUGCAAGCCACAGCGACACGGGGAGGCAGGGGAGUGGCGGAUUGUCAUCGUGUGGCGCCGCAGCAGCAGCAGCGGGUUCGGAUAAGAGUAGGGCGUCGAAUCGAGUGGGCGCCACGGCAUCUGAGCCUUCUAGUAGAAGGAGCACGGGAAGCGCACACGCGGAUCAGCGGCCGCUCACUGACGCCGCCGCUGCUGCGCCGUGCAACGCGGAGCCCAAUGCUAGUACCACUGGGCAGCAGCGCGCCGAGCUCGCGAGCCAGAUCGACCUGGGAUCUCCGCAAAGCACCAAUUGCGGCGGGAGCGUAUCGACGGCGAGCGCGAGUCCCGUCGCAGGGAGGGACGGCGUGACGCAAGAGGUGGAAACAGGCAGCGGCGCGGCUUGUAUCUGCCGCGCCAGUCGUCGUCGGCGGAAGUACGCCCUUCCGCUUACAUCCGUGGACGAGGUGACGGGGUCCGACUUCUGCUACGCCAGCCACAUGGGAUUCUUCGACGCGCCACCCUCCUGCGUCUGCGAGCGCGCGGACUGCGCGGACGGAAUAGAGCGCGCUGAGCGGUGGGAGCGGUGGAUGGACGGCGCGAGCCUCGUGGCGCACAUCACACCGUUCGCCAUCAUUGGGGUGUGCAUUCAGUUUCUAUUGGACGAGCUGUUCGGCCCGAACGUGGCGCACGUGACGGACGACGCGCUGACGGUCUUCGUCGACCUGCCCGCCAACAUGCUCGGCGCGUUCCUCCUCGGCCUCUCCGCCAUCCCGCUUCUCCCCGCGCUGCUCGCGCGCUCGCGCCACCUCGCCAUCGCCGUCGUCGUGGGGCUGUGCGGCAGCAUAUCAACGUUCGCCACGUGGAACCAGCGCAUGGUGUCCAUCGCCACGGCGGGGCUCUGGGCGCGCGCCGCCUUCGGGUACUUCACCGGCUCCGCGCUCCCCCUCGUCGCGCUCGUCGCGGGCGUCGACGCGGGGACGGCCAUCCUCCACGCCUCCGCCUGCGCGCCCCCCUCUCCCGCCUCCUCCCUCCUGCCCUGCACGCUUCCAGGCACAAAGCUCCCCGCGCCUGCUCCGCCGUCCGAUCCCCCCCACCACCGCCACCACAUGCUCACCAUGCUGCUGCUCUCCGCCGCCAUGCUGCUGCUGGCGGGACUCUGCGCGCUGCUGCUCCCCCCCACUUGUCUCAAGUGGCGCAUGCUAGCUUGCGCUUGCCUCCUCGCCCCCUUAGGCACCCACCUCCGCUUCCUCCUCCUGCGCUUCAACGGGGGCCCUUUCCCCCUCCGCCUCCCCUUCCUCCCCUGCGCCGGCCCUCCCUGCGCUGCGUCGGAAACGGCGCUGCUGGCGGAAUCAGGGAAGGGCGCGCGCGGGUGGGAGUGGAUGCCGUGGGGCACGUGGAUGGCGAACGUGGUUGCAGCGGCGGUGGAAGCCGCCAUCUCCAUCCUCUUCCUCAAGGUGCGCCUCUGCCGCUCUCAUCUUGUGCACCCCUCUGUCUGUCCUCAUCAUUCCCCUUCCCGCACCACUCCCCCACUCCCUCCCUCUAUUCCCACCGAUUUGCCCCACCCGCCUCCGCACCCCUCCCCACACCAUCCGCACCACUCUUGUCACCGCCUCACUCGCGCCAUGCUCACUCUCCUGCACGCCCCUGUCUUCCCCGUUCUCCUCACCUUGCAGUACCAGAGCACAACGAGCAAGGUGGCAGUGGGGGCGAUGCAGCUAGGCUUCCUGGCGUGUCUCAGCACGGUGUCAAUGCCGUCCCUGGAGGCCCUGUACCUGCACUACACGCUGCGCUCGCCCGCCAAGGCCUACGGCUACGCGCUGCUCACCAUCGUGCCAUCCUUUGCCCUUGGGCUGCUGCUCUACUCGCUGCCCUGCUGGCUCAACGGCUUCGACUCCCUCUACAAUCACGUCGGCACCUCCCUGUGA